AUGGUUUGGACAAAUGAGAAGCAUAACUCUUAUCUUGAUUUCUUAGAAGAAUCAUUUGUUAAGCAGUUGCAUUAUUCUAGGAGUUUGCAUGGCUGUCAUCCACAAGUGGGAAUGUGGAAGCAAUGUCCAUUCCCACAACAGUCAGCUGGACAUAAUUCUUCUCAUCAGUUUCCGAUACUACAAGAUGACUGUGUCCAGAAGAUGAAUUAUAAGAGCAAUGAUCUUUUCUUGGAAACCAUUGCUAAAUCUGGUUCUGUGGUGCAAAGUCCAAGGUUACAUAAUUUUACAUCUGCAGGCAAAAGCAGCAUAACAACAUUUCCUGUUCCAAUAGAAAUUGUGGUAUCCAAUGAUGGAAUCUACUUGAGAAGUAAUACAGACUUUUCUGGCAAAUCAGCAGUAAACUCGGAGCAGAAUCCCAUCAUUGAUUCAUGCAAUCACAGCUUGGGUAGCUGCAAUGCUGAGGUCUCAGAUCAGAAUUUUGUGGAUGAAGACCAAGGAGAAAUGACUUGCUGGAUAUGUGGGGCAAAAUGCUUGAAGACGACGACAGUGCUUAAUGCUUCAAGUAACAGUCAAGUUGCCUGUUGA